AUGGGGAGAGUGAAGCUUCAGAUCAAGAGGAUCGAGAAUAACACUAACAGGCAGGUCACUUUCUCCAAGAGGAGAAAUGGUCUGAUCAAGAAAGCUUAUGAGCUUUCGGUUCUUUGUGAUGUUGAUGUCGCUGUCAUUAUGUUCUCUCCUUCGGGUAGGCUUAGCACUUAUGCUGGGCACAAAAAAAGUAUGGAAGACAUUCUCAUGCGAUUCUUGAAUCUUCCGGAGCAGGAUAGAGGACGUCUGCAAAACCAAGAGUACCUGAGAAGGGUUGUUGACAAGCUGAAGAGUGAAUCGUCAGAUAAUGCAGCCCCCAGCCCAGUGAAUGGUGCUGAUUCUCAAAUCGCGGAAAUUCAACAGCAGUUUGAGAAAUGCAAGUCGCGACUGGAAGAAGUGGAGCAGCAAUUGCUAAUUUAUGAAUGCGAUCCCGGCGAAAUCAUGACGCUGUACGAGGCGCAGUAUCGGGAGAGAAUUUUCGAGCAAAACCUCAACCUAGUCCGACAGCGCAAGGUUAGUGUCGUUGUAAAAGCCCUAGCAGGAAGGAAAUUUCGCCUUUCGUGGAGAUUAAUUAAUUCUGAAUUUGUUGUUGAUGUGACGAUGAAACAGCAAAUUCUGGAGGAGAAGUUUAAUGCCAUUCCCAACUCACAAGCACCUUCAGAGCAGCUGAAUCUGGGUUUGGAGACGACGAUGAACACCAUUGAUUUUGCUCUCAUGGAUAACUGGCUUCCAGCUGAUAGAGACCCUCAUUCCCAGAUCUUCAACUUUCUUGAUCCCAAUGGCUUUUUUCCUCUCAGAGAUGAACCGGGACCGGUUCAGCAGCCCAUGGAUAGCAUGGUGGCGCCGCCACCUUUGCCGCUGCUUCACGUGGAAAACGCGCCGCUAGGUGACCAUCGCGUGGCUUCAAGAGCGGAGGCGGAUGAUAUGCCACGCGCCGGCGACUUCUUUGGACCAAUCAAUGUUUCGCCGUGGAUGACACAAUACGGCGGCGGCGCACCAGCGGCGAAUGUUCCAUUGCCGUCGACGUACCCGAGAGAUCGAGGGAUUCUUGAAGCGUUCAUGUCUCAAUUUACCAAUUCACCGUUCAAUCAAGAUCAUAUAUGA